UCUUAAAUGUACUGGAGUGUAAGUAUUAAGUAGCAUCAAAUGGAAAUACUCAAGUGAAGUAAGUAAGUAUACCUCAAAAUUGUAUAUUUCUACCUCCAGGAGAUUCUUUCCAUUAUGAGUAUCAUGUUGAUGAUCAAUGAAAAUAAAUGUCACACACACACACGCGCGGAUAUAUAACCGAGCGGCAGAUGCCAGCAUAACACACUCUGAGCCUUCAGCGCAGGUAUGCAGGUUUGCGUUUACAACCGUCUAAAGUGUGCCACAGUCGGAGUGUGCUGCUGUAGCUGUGAGGGUUCAGUAUUACGGCUGAAGUCCUCUUGGUGACGCUCUGCUGACAUCACUCUGAUAUUCCCCACUCCGCUCUCCGCAUCAGACACACGGAGCUCUUCCGACUCUCUCACACUCCGUCCACACUUUGUUUCCAUUCCGCUCUUCUCGCCCAGGCAAAGACGCACCAUCACACACAAGCAGCCGCGGGCUACCUGUGCGCACUGCGGCCGGCCCCUUCUUCCUGUCAGUGACAGAUUCAAAGGAAGAAACAGAGAGAAACUAAACGCGGUGCUGCUUGAGGAGAGAGGACAGACGCGCAGAGUCAGGGGGAAAGAGAAGCCGCAACUUGGCUGAUUUCAACCCAGGCGGUCUGAACUGAACUCCAAGUUUCUUGGCUCAUCGGAGAAGGAAUAAUUCGGAGCCCGGCUGCCCCACACAGCGCUGUUGUGGAUAUUUACGUCCACCUUGUCUCCUGUUUAGAAGAAUGGCGAGAGAUUACGCAGCACGCUGUCCGGUCUCUCCGGUGAGAAACACUUGGCUGGUGGCGGCAGCGAUCCUCCUCGCAGCCCAAGGUAUCGGGGCUCAGAAAGUCCGAGUCGACGAGGAGCUGGAGGCGUAUCCCACAGAGUCUGUUAAACUCACCUGCGAAUUUAUCGAUGGAGGCGGCCUGACCAAACUCACACAGGUGUCUUGGAUAUGGGAACCUAUCGACGGUCAGAGGGAUAACAUCGCUGUAUACCAUCCUAUCUAUGGACACAGUUUCCCCAACCCGUCCUUCAAGGACCGAGUUGUAUUCCUCCACGACAGUCUUCAGAACCCAUCAAUUCGUAUUUCUAACCUGAAAAUGUCCGAUGCCGGCCGUUACACCUGCGAGUACGCCACCUAUCCUUCUGGAAACGAGCAAGGGACGACCACCCUCAUCAUGCUUGCCAAGCCCAGGAACUCAGCCAACGCUGUGACCGUCCAGGCUGGGACCAAGUCGGUGGUGGUGGCCCAGUGCGAGGCAGCGGAAGGCAAACCGGCAGCUACCAUCAAGUGGUUGGCGUCGGUUGGAGGCAACCACUCGACCAGCACCACAAACGGGCCGGACGGCACGGUGACAGUACGCAGCGAGUAUCGACUGGUUCCCACACCGGCAGAUAACGACAGGGAGGUGACCUGCAUGGUUGACCAGAGGACACUGGGGCAGCCGUGGGUUAAGACUUUCAAGCUCUCAGUGGAAUACCCCCCCUCUGUAUCCAUAGAGGGUUACGACAACAACUGGUACGUCGGCCGUUCAGACGCCGUGCUGGUCUGCCUCGCCACCGGCAACCCCAAGCCCACCACCUUCACUUGGACUGCGGCGUCUGGUGCUCUACCAGACACGGUGGAGGUUAACGGUGAGAAGUUGACAGUGAAGAAGGUGGACGACGCCGUCAACACUACUUUCAUCUGCGAGGUCAAGAACAAGCAUGGGGCCAGCAGGCACCAGAUCACCACCAUCGUCAUCGAAGAGAAGAGAACAAUCACCCCAGGCCCAUCAACAGGUGCCGUCGUCGGUGGUAUCCUUGGCGCCCUUGCCUUCAUCGGCAUCAUCAUAGGCAUCAUCUUCUUCAUUCGCAAGCGCCACGAGGAUGCAGAGGGCCCCCCCAAGCACAAGCCCCCUCCCCCUGUGAAGGCCGGCAGCUCAACAGAGAUGCUGAACAAGCCAUCAGAGCCUCCCACGGCCACAGAGACAGCACCUCUCAGCCCAGGAGAGGUUUACUACGAGCCCACAGGGGGAGAACCUGUCACGAACCUGGAUGAUGAGACCACCGGAGCCCUGAACGGCGGCGCGCCCCCAGUCCUGGACGACUCGGCUAAAUACGACAAAAUCAACGAGCUCAAAGACCACACCAGCGACGGUCACCGUGGCAAUGACUUGGAUUCAUCAAAUCACGAGCCGCCGGCCGCCAACAUCUCCCGUGGCGAGAGCUUCGUAUCUCCUGCCAUGUACGUGUAGCCAUGGCAUAUAGAGCACCACAUCACAAUAUAUGGGCCAGUUCCAGAUCACCUAAAUCUGCAUGAAAAGCAAAGGCGAGCACACUCGUUUAAAGUUUAAACUCCAUAUGAUGACGUUUUCCAGACAAGUUUCUUUUCCUUUGUCAGGCACAUUUAGAGGGUGUUAUAUUUUCAUUUCUGGGGAAGCCACUUAUGACUAGUAAUGUUGGUAAGGGUACUUAUCUUUUUUUUUAACUCUGUCAUACACACUUUUAAUUAUCAUUACACUGCAAGUAUCUGUCAAAGCAAAAAUAAAGAACAAAAUAUUAAAGCAAGAUGCACACACACACACACAGUAGUUAAUAUCAGACAAGCCAUGCAGCCAUUGAAAUCAUGUGUCUUGCAUAUGAUGAGGCGGGCUUUUACAAUAUGUUAAUUACAUGCUUGAGAGGUAUUGCAGUGUAGGUGAACUGGAACACUACCCUCAGCUAAUUAACACACUGCACUCUGCCUAUGUGAUGCUUGCAAAUCAAAAUUUCCACCAAAAAAAAAAACAGCAAGACAGCAACAUCUUCAGUGGAUUCAGUCUGAAAUAUUAUAUGCAACAUUUUGUGCCAUAAACAUACAAUGUCCCCAUCGCAAAAAUGAUUGUUUUAUGUGAAGCUGCCAGUCCUGGGCUCUUCUGUUUACAGCCGUGGAAAGUGAUUUGAACAUCUUCUCUCCCUCUAAGUAAGGAUAAAACAUAAAGCUCCUGUUGCAGCCUUGUGCAACAGAGAAAGUAAAAAAUACCAUCUUUGAAAUCCUUUCAAAGUAUUUUUCUUCCACGGUUAGUUGGUUUUGAAUUACAUACUAGCUGAAUUUGGUCCCAGGAAGUUCAAAGCCUGAUCAUCUGGCUCUCCAAGCAGCUUCAAUUAAUCACUCAAGAUGUCUGAAAGUAUUUCAGUUAUUUAUCAACUCCUACAAUAACCCCAAAAAGAAGCAGCCUUUCCCACUCUUAACCAGGCUACAGUCCAAUAAAAAAAACAUUCCACUUUAUUAUGUUGUCAAAGGGCCUCAUCUGUCCCCGGAGCACCAGGCUGCUCGUUAGCACUAACGAAGGGGAAGUGACAUCGUUUUGAAGCUCUGUAACCUGGCAACAUUACAUGAUUAAGAUUCCAUGAUUUAUAAUUGCAAGAGUUGGUAAGGCUCUGUGUCGGGGAGAUGAAACUUGGUUUACAGCAAAGCACACACACCACAGGGUUCUUUCAUGCACACACACACACACACACACACACACACACACAUACACAUACACACACACUUACAAAUACACAAAAGCACCAAUGUUUGUAUUCAGUCCUCCUCUAAUGAAUCACACUAAUAAGGCUGAGGGAACAUUAUAAGGAAUGUAUUUUCAGAGUGUGAAAAUGCUCAGCAUGUAUUGGAAAAUACUGCCAUUACAGCCAUUUUAAUAGAUUAAAAUGGUCACACACUCUGAUAUAUGCAGAACAUUUUACAUGUGUAGAAAAUAUGCAUUUUAAUCGAUUGUCCACUUAAAGCAAAAAUGAAAAAAAAAAAGUGAGCAUCAACUAUGCCUGGCUGAAUCAAAAAUUGGUCUUCAUAGAUGUCAGAUGGUACCAAAUGAUGAACAAACAGUGUAAAUACUAUUGAUAAUAUUGAUGAAUAAUAUAUUGUUGGUGAAAUGUGUACACAUAAAAAAAAUAAACAAAGUGUAGGUGUUAUCAGUGCCUCUGUACAGGGGAUGGAAGUUUGUUUAAUGUCAAAAUGAGCGAUUUAAAAAAAGUGUAUAUUACUAUUUUACUUUUCACGGGUACAUUGAGGUUGUCACUUAUUACUAAAAUGUUUUAUUUGAAUAUAUAAGAAAAAAAAUGAAAUGGUGUGGAUUUUACUCCUUGUUCAUAUUACUCUGCAUGGCAUGAUCGGUGGCUUGUUGAAACACUUUCCCAAGGCUGUUUGCGGAAUGAUCUUCUCCAUUUGUAAAAACAUUUUUGAAUGUCAAAAAAAAGCAAGCUGUUUUUUUUUUUUUUUGUUUUGUUUGUUUGUUUGUUCUUUUACUUCCAUCUCAAUGUCACAUUCAUGCACACCAUGAGCACAAGUCCAAUUUAAGUUGAGAGAGCCAGAGAUUUUUGUUUUAUUUUUUGUUUUUUCGUCGUGUGACAGCUCAGCAGGCUUCCUGGUUUUAUCUUUAGCGCUGAUCCGAAAAUGUAGCCAGCGUGGAAUCGCCAUCUCUUUCGGCCACAGUGUGCAGUACACACAGAGACACAGAGAUGCUCUCCUCCUUUCUAAUAUUGAGCUCUUGCUUGAGACCUCGAGGCACACAAAUCUUCCUGAGGUAUAAAGUGGACAGUCGGAUGACAGGAUGUGGCUAACAGCACCAGUAAAAAUCACCCACAAAAGCACAGUCAGAUGGUGGAUGCAGAUUUGUUAAGAGUUUGGUAUAAAAGUUGAUAGAGAUGGAAACAGGAAGAGAGACACAUAAUUGGAGACAUAAAAUCAAACUGACAGAGUAAUGAGAUAAUAGGAGGGAGGCCUGAAAAGAUUACAACAAGAAAUUUCUCAUCACAGCUUUCACUCUCUGCGAGGUCGGCACAAAAUGCAAUAUUUUAGUUUUUAAUGACGUAUGACAAUCAUCUGUUUAUAUUCAAUUGUUGCUAGCUUUGGUGGGGAGACAUUUUUUGGCUUUAUAUAUUUGUAGUUAUUAUAGAAAUACCACUUUUUGCUGCAUGUUCACAGAAAUACUGCUACACCUUUGAUCCAUCCUGAAAAGAGACACAGCUUUGUUUUACUAGUUUUACUUGACUUUGUGUAAUAAUGACAGACAACACAUAGACUGUAUAUAAAGAUGAGCGACGCGUCUCCACUUACCCCUACUGUGCAAAAAUGAAGCCAAAAUAUCUCGGAUACAGCUGUUGCCAUCUUGCUCUGGUGAUGUCAGUUGGAGUCAGAGUCUGCGCAGUAUCAAUCUCCAUGGUGUCGAGUUCCUGCCUAAGCACCCAUCCGACCAAUCGCGAGCAGCGCCCUUCAUCACAAGCACACAGAUUGGCACACACAGCUGUCAAUCAUGAUGUCAACCCCCUUUUUAUGGCAUCACAUAACUAGUUAAAAACUUAAAAACUUAUCCAAAAGGCAAUCACUUGAACAUACAUCAACGUGAUAGAGUGUUAAGUUUGGCUCAUGUCCCAUCCACUAACAUGGAGGAGGUGGACUGUAAGACCUAUGCUGCAGCCAGCCACCAGAGGGCGAUCAAGAUGUUUGUUGUCUGUUGUCUGUUGGACGCAAAUUUGCGGCUCUCAGCAUAGUGAAGGAAUGGCCCGCCCCACCUAACCAACCCAACCAUUGGAGCCAACACUAGCCCAUCGUAGAUAGAGUAGGGCGGGUCAUUUCUUCACUAUCCUGGGAUUCACAAAUUCGCCUAUGGGAUGGCAUGUCAGCUCCCCAAAAGUGAAGCCAAACAUCUUGAUCGUCCCCUGGUGGCUGGCUGCAGCAUAGGUCAUACAGUCCACCCCCUCCAUGUUAGUGGAACCUGAUGGAGAUCAAUAUUUCAUAGAUUCUGGCUCCAAAUGACAUUAUCAACGCAAGAUAACAGCAGCCAUAUCUGCGAUAUUUUGGUUUAAUUUUCAUACAGUGGGAGUGAGUGGAGACAUGUUGUUCAUCUUUACAUACAGUCUAUAGUUACCAUCAUUAAUGUUUACAGACGUCUGAAUCUGCAGUAUAAAUUCAGGACAAAUGCGGGAUAAAUAGGGAAUUCUUUAGUAUGCUGACGGUGUAAAAGUUUAUUUUGUACUUUUUGUGUCUGCGAUGUUUUGAUUUUUUUACUAAAGGGAAUGUCUGCAUGCUGCAUGGACCAAUGAGAUAAAAGUCCAAAUAUGCCAGAAGAUUUGGACCACCAUGACAAGUGCAUGGCUUUUGACUUGUUUAUGGUGCAGUGUCAGACAAUCACGUACGGUGUAUUAUACAGCUCUGCCACAGAACAAAAGCUGUCAGAAGGGAGAAUUAAAUGUGACGCUUUUGCUCUUUUGUCUGUAAUUUAAUUUUCUUAAAUAAAUGAAUAUUUAGUUUUCUGCAGAUUAAUGUGUUUAAUGUGUUUGCCAGCGGGCUGCUGUUGAUAGAUUGAGCAUAAAGGAAAAGGACAAUCAUUGGGACCCAUUAUAUCAGAGACCAAUGACUCAGCAAACAUUCAGUAUUGAGUUUGAGCUCUGUCAUUUUAUUUGGGGGAUCAUUCAGUUUUACCCAGAGCCUUACGUUUAAUAGAGUUGCUUCAUUCUGAGGUAUCUUGAAUUAGAAUCUCAACAUCACCAGGAAUGCAGUCAUGAAACUGUCAACUAAAACGGAAAUUGCAAAGAAAAAUGAGCUCUGAGUCAGUUUACAGGCGGUAUUUGCCCAAAAAGCAUGAGUCAGUUAUGCAGUUAGAGGGUGAUGUGGGGGAACUGCAGUGAUUUCAGAUGGGUUAGGUGUUAUAUCAAGGCUGUGAGUCUGUCCCGUCUGUGAAAGCUCCAGCGUUGCAUUUUGGCCAAGGUGCUUUGCUCCCCCCGUUACGGGUUCGAUGCCAGAAACACAAGCUGUGAAUGUCCUCAAUAACGCAGUUCGGUCUGAAUGCGGUCCUCUCCCUCGUUUGCCCUCUUUCUUUCUCCCCCCCUCUCGGUUCUCUCUCUUUCAUCCAUUGUCAUCACAGCUUUUCAUCACAGAGCCAGACGUGCCUUCUUUAUGUUAUUUUUAGCUUUUCAAUUCUCACACUUCUUGUUUGACAGUAGAACGGAUGAUGAAAGGGGGAAACACACAAACACAUGAUGGGUUUGACAUCGAUAAUGGCAAUGCUAAAACACACACACACACACACAAACACACUGGAGAUGUAAUCAUAUUUUUGUGAGUGUUUAUCAAUUCUUUCAUUUAUUUUGUUUAAUCACAGAUCAAUUAUCAUUUUGUAUGCUUUUUGGGAAACCUAUUGUACAUGUUUUACAGAUCAUUGUCUUGUCAAAUAAAAUGUAA